AUGCCGGACUUUGACCUGAACCUGAAGGGCCCGAAAGUGAAGGGAGAUGUGGACGUGUCUCUGCCGUGUGUGGAAGGUGACCUGAAAGGCCCCAAAGUGGAUGUUAAAGGUCCUGAGUUGGACAUUGGUGCCCCAGACAUUGAACUCGAGGGCCCAGAAGGGAAGUUGAAGGGGCCCAAGUUCAAGAUGCCCGAGAUGCAUUUCAAAGCCCCCAAAAUCUCGAUGCCGGACUUUGACCUGAACCUGAAAGGCCCCAAAGUGAAGGGAGAUGUGGACGUGUCUGUGCCAAAGCUGGAGGGUGAUUUGAAAGGUCCCGACAUUGACAUCAAAGGCCCUAAACUGGACGUUGACCUUCCUGAUGUAGAGCUGGAAGGUCCUGAGGGGAAGCUGAAAGGUCCCAAGUUCAAGAUGCCCGAGAUGCACAUCAAGGCUCCCAAGAUCUCCAUGCCCGACAUUGACCUGAACCUGAAGGGGGUUGAAGGUCCCGAGGGGAAGCUGAAAGGUCCCAAGUUCAAGAUGCCCGAGAUGCACAUCAAGGCUCCCAAGAUCUCCAUGCCCGACAUUGACCUGAACCUGAAGGGCCCCAAAGUGAAGGGAGAUGUGGACGUGUCUGUCCCCAAGCUCGAGGGUGACCUGAAGGGUCCCGAUGUGGACAUCAAGGGCCCCAAAGUGGAUAUUGAGGGUCCUGAUGUCAACGUUCAAGGCCCA